CCCGUGCAGAGAAGGAGCUGCAAGGAGAUCAAGGCUGGGAACUAAGAUUCCAGAGUUCAAGAUGUUUUAAAACUACAAGAAGAAUGGAUAAGGCCACCAAGCACUUCCUGGAGGAGAUCAACAAGUGGACAACCCAACAUGGCAUCUCUCCUCUUUCCUGGAAUGCUGCUGUCAAAUUCCUCAUGGCCAGAAAAUUUGACGUAUACCGUGCCAUUGAGCUCUUUCACUCAUACCGGGAUACAAGGUUGAGAGAAGGGAUUGUCAAGUUGAAACCUCAUGAAGAACCUCUUAGAUCUGAGCUGCUAAGUGGCAAAUUCACUAUCUUGAGUGUACGUGACCCAUCAGGGGCAUCCAUUGCCCUUUUCACUGCCAAAUUACAUCAACCCAACAAAACUCUGCAACACGUAGUCUUGCAAGCCUUGUUCUACCUGCUUGACCAAGCUAUUGAAAGUUUUGAAACACAAAGAAAUGGGCUAGUGUUCAUUUAUGAUAUGGCUGGCUCGGCAUACACCAAUUUUGAAUAUGACCUUAGCAAGAAAAUUCUUCACCUUUUGAAGGGAGCCUUUCCCGCUCGAUUGAAAAAAGUAUUCAUUGUCGGGGCGCCUGUCUGGUUUCGAUUCCCAUAUUCCGUUCUAAGCUUAAUUCUUAAAGAAAAGCUUCGGGAAAGAGUGCAAAUGGUGAAGACGUACGAACUGAAACUGUACAUUCCUAGGGAUUGUCUGCCUGAGCACUUAGGUGGAACCCUGAAAUUGGACCAUUCCAGCUGGAACAAGCAGUUUUUAACGUCACCAAAUGGACACACUGACUCGCUGGACGAGCUCAUCGCAGGCUUCCCGAGGGAUGAAGUGUCCGUACACGUGCCAGGGCUAGAAGGGAUGACGGUGGAAGAACUGCUGGACCAUGUCAACACCGUUCAGAAGAGGGGAAUCUUUGAGGAAUAUGAAGAUAUCCGGCGGGAGACCCCUCCAGGCACAUUUAACUGCUCAUUACAGCCGUACAACCAGCAGAAGAAUCGAUAUGGGGAUGUACUGUGCUUGGACCAAACCAGAGUAAAGUUGAAGUCUCUCAAUCAUGAUGAGAGAACAGAUUAUAUCAAUGCCAGUUUCAUGGAUGGUUACAAACAAAAGAAUGCCUACAUUGGCACACAAGGACCACUAGAAAAGACGUACAAUGACUUCUGGAGAAUGGUAUGGGAACAGCAUGUCCUCGUUAUUGUUAUGACUACAAGAAUUGACGAGAGCGGCAGGAAGAAAUGUGGUCAGUACUGGCCACUGGACCAGAACGUUCAGGGGAACUAUGGACUUAUUUCUGUCAAAAACCUGGAAGUAGAAAGCUUUAAACAUUACAACAAAACAACACUAGCAAUUCAGAAUGUAGAGACCCAUGAGAGACGCCAGGUGAUUCACUUCCAGUACCUGAGCUGGCCAGAUUAUGGAGUCCCGUCCUCAGCAGCUGCUCUCAUUGACUUUCGGUCCGCUGUCCGACAGCAGCAAGGCCACUCUGUCCGGAACCUGGGUAGCAGGUGGAAGGGCCACCCUGGAGGACCACCCAUAGUCGUCCACUGUAGUGCCGGCAUUGGAAGAACUGGCACUCUGUGUACUUUGGAUAUCUGCCUUUCUCAGCUGGACGACGUGGGCACCCUCAACGUAUACCAAACGGUCCGCAGGAUGCGAACACAGCGAGCCUUCAGCAUUCAGACUCCUGACCAGUAUUACUUCUGUUACACAGCCAUUAUCGAGCAUGCUCAGAGGCAGAACCUGCUGUCAGCCAAUCAUUAACAGGAGAAUCAACUCGUCUCCCCCCCCCACCCCCACAGCCUCCCUUCCUCUGCCCCCUCCCGUGUAGAUCAUAAACCACUUCUGCACCCGUGCAGAUGAGCUCCAAUAAUAGACAACUAGUACAACUGUAGGCAGCCACCUUUUGUGAUUGUACCAGAUCCUAGAUUUAGUACUAGCCUUAAUUACUUGGAUAAGACUUAUUUUACAAUGUUUUAAUGCCAUCAUUACCAGUAGCUAAUCUUCAUGGAGCAUAUAGACUUUUCCUGAAGAAAAUAUGUUACGAUUCAUUUAUUCCAAUUAUGUAGCAUUAGAAAUAAAAUCUACGGUACAAAGACAUGAAUGGCCAUUGAGAAACGAAGGUGAUAAUUUCUUCACAGAGACCAAACCUCAAUCUUUAGGCAGCAAGUGGCUCCAGAGAGAAUUCUGUAAUGUGUCGUCUGUGGACCAGACUUUUGAUUUUUCCUUUGAGAAAGAAACUUGUUUAUGACAUAAAAAGAAACAAAAAAAAACAAAAAAAUUACCUCAAGCAUCAUCUGAGGGACGGCAGCAAGCACCGAACUGAACUUCUGUUACCUCGGGCCGAGAUUAGCUUCAGGAUUGCCACGUGGACUCUACCCUGGAGGCUGUUCCCGCAUCAGCAUCGUUCCCAAAAUGAGCUGGAGAGCGAGACGUUGUCAGCUGAGCUGUGUAUUUGUCACUGAUGUCCGUGCCUGUGAGAUGAGUUUACUCUUUGUGCCUUCUUGUCUUUUAUUCCAAGCUGCAGCUGUACAUACGAGCGGCCAGAGUAUUGCUCAAAGCUGAACCUUUCUCUCAGGGGAUUUUGUUUACCUUUCUGUCCUCACUCUCAGUCCUCCCCCCCUCUCACUCCCCCCCCCCUCACUCCCUCUUACACAUUUACUUCUUCGUUUUUUCUCUCCAGGCUUGUUCUCUUGUUCACUCCUCUCAAUCCCUUGCUUCUUUUAUUGUUUCUUGCUGUUUUGUUCUCUUAUGCACACUUUCUCUCUCCAGCUCUUUAUCUUGCUCUCUCUCUCUUUCUUUUUCUCUCUCUUUCCAAAUCUUUAUCUCACUCUCUCUUUCUCUCACGCUCACUUUUUUCUGCAGCGCUCUCUCUCUCUCUCGCUCUCUCUCGGUCUCUCUUGCUCUUUCCUCUCUCUCUCUCUCUCUCUCUCUCUCUCUCUCUCUCUCUCUCUCGUCUCCUCUCUCUC